CGUGCGUGGCGGCCCUUCCGGCCCGGGCAGAGGCAGGAACAGCGUCUGGAAGUGCAGGAAUGUGGCAUGUGGAUCCCUUGGCGACUCCAGUCGAGUAACCGUGCGGGAUACCUCGUAGGCGGGUUGCAGCCUGGCGGCGGACUCCAUCCGCCGCUGGCGCUAGGAGAAGAGCUGAACCUCUCGGGCUGGGUGUCCUCGGCUUGGCCCUCAGCCAGAGGCGCUGAAAAAGAUAAGGGGAAAGGGGUUGGUGAGGAGAUGCAGGUGAAGUAGGUUUCUCUACAGAUCCAGUGCCUUUAAACCCUGCGCACACUUUUUUAAAAAUGAAGAAAUUAAGGCUUAAGGAGCUAGAGAGUCGCCUGCAACAAGUGGAUGGAUUCGAAAAGCCCAAGCUCCUUCUAGAACAGUAUCCAACCAGGCCGCACAUUGCAGCAUGUAUGCUCUAUACAAUCCAUAAUACAUAUGAUGACAUUGAAAAUAAAGUGAUUGCAGAUCUAGGAUGUGGCUGUGGAGUGCUUAGCAUUGGAACUGCAAUGCUAGGAGCAGGGUUGUGUGUUGGAUUUGACAUAGAUGAAGACGCAUUGGAAAUAUUUAAUAGGAAUGUAGAAGAGUUUGAGUUAACAAAUGUAGACAUGGUUCAAUGUGAUGUAUGCUCAUUAUCUAACAGACUGUCCAAAUCAUUUGAUACAGUAAUUAUGAAUCCUCCCUUUGGGACCAAAAAUAAUAAAGGGACAGAUAUGGCAUUUCUGAAGACUGCUUUAGAAAUGGCAAGAACCGCAGUAUAUUCUUUACACAAAUCCUCAACUAGAGAACAUAUUCAAAAGAAAGCUGCAGAGUGGAAGGUCAAGAUAGAUAUUAUUGCAGAGCUGCGAUACGACCUGCCAGCAUCAUACAAGUUUCAUAAAAAAAAAUCAGUAAGUCUCUUGAUUCUGGUUUAUCCACAUUCAGUACUGAAAAACUUCACAAUAAGUAAUUAUUUCUAAUGUUAUCAAGUUGCUUGAGUAAAUACAGAAAGCCAGCGUAAAAGAUAAAUAUUUUGCUAAAACAGAAGGGGCCUAUAAUCACAACAGCCAAUAUGCUGGUUUAACAUGAAUUCUUUCUCCAAUACUUUGGGCACAAAAAUAAAAAAAAAUAAACUUAGUUUAUUUUUAUGCAGUAUACAUUUUAUUACUUUGUACUGAUACAUUCUCAUAUUACAAAGGCAAUUCUUAAUGGAAGAAUGUUUCUUUUGAUAUUUGAAUAAUCCAAAAGAACACAAACAGAAGUGCACAUUAAAAAACAUUUCGAUAACAAAAGACAAGUUCAACAACAACAAAAAA